CACUGUAGUUAUAGUCAUUUGGUUCGGUGGAACGAAGUAUCUGUUUUAAACCUAAUUUUUCGCUGUGUUACAAAUAACACACAGAAAUGCCGGGAUCCAAAUCUUCACACUCCUCCGAUUCCGACUCCGAUCAUGACAAGAAGCAACGUAAGACCAUCCAACCGGAUGAACCGGCACCGGUAGCCACAACGCAGCCGACGGUGCCGGUGCAGCCACCGCCCUACCCUUCCGGAGGGCCAGCGCCGUAUCCGGCGGGAGCACCCGCUCCUUAUCCAGCGGGAGCACCUGCGCCGUAUCCCGCCCAUUUUCAGCAGCCCAUAAUGGAGCAGCCCAACAUGGGCAUUCCCAUGCAGCCCAUGUACAGUAACCAUAUGGGCGGACCCGGAUUGCCGCACGCAGCGCCACAGCAGCAGAUUAUGCAGGCCCCGGCGCAAAUCCCCGUCGGAUGCCCGCCGGGAUUGGAAUACUUGACGAUGGUGGAUCAGCUGUUGGUUAAACAGAAAGUGGAGCUUUUUGAGUUAUUGACUGGAUGGGAAACCAACAAUAAAUACGACAUCCUGAACAGUAUGGGUCAACAAGUGUAUUACGCAGCGGAAGACAAUGACUGUUGUACACGUAAUUACUGUGGUCCGAUUCGGCCGUUCGAUAUGCGAAUUUUCGAUAAUGCCAAGAAUGAGGUGAUGCACCUCUUCCGGCCGCUGAAGUGUACCGGAUGUUGUUGGCCUUGUUGCCUUCAAGAACUGGAAGUUAUGUCGCCUCCAGGAACGCCGAUCGGUUAUAUUGUGGAAGAAUGGUCAUUCCUUGUACCGAAAUUCCGCAUUGAAAAUGCUAACCGGCAGACGGUACUGCGACUGACUGGGCCAAUCUGCAAAAUUUCUUGCUGUAACGAUGUCGAGUUUCCGGUACUCAGUGCCGAUGGAACAAAGGUUGUCGGCAAGAUAUCUAAGCAGUGGACGGGAAUUCUUAAGGAAGCCUAUACCGACGCCGACAACUUCGGCAUACAGUUUCCCAUGGAUUUGGAUGUGCAGACAAAAGCCACUCUAUUGGGAGCGUUGUUCUUAAUUGACUUCCUCUACUUCGAGACGCAAAAUCAUAACAACCGUUAACAAAGCUUCAGCCUUCUUGAGUUGACCGUAAAUUCGGGGUUUUGCAAAAUCUGUAAGAUGUUACCUGUAUAUGUAUGUCAAUGGAAACGAAAUAGGAAAGUGGAAACUGAUGCAACCCGCUGUGAUUUGCAGUGAUGUGUUUGAAAUUUUAAGGAAAUGUUUGUUUAUCGAAUUAUACGUAUCUGGUAUGUCUUCCAAAAAGCCUUUUGCGAUACGAGUGUCAAACUGCAACUGUUGACUCUGUGCGAUGUUGUUGUUGUAACAUCGAAGCCUAUCGUAUACCAUACUUUAACUUACCCACGAAGAAUUUAAAUUACAG